AUGUUCAACAUCAAGUUCAAUGAAAAAGCUCCUGCACAUUUCUCAAGAUUGGUCUUUGCCAACAAUCAGGAACUCAACUUCACGAGCAGAUACGGAGGUGAUUUUCCAUGGUUGAUUUCUUCAGGUUGGGGUAAAUCUUUGAACUGCUUAGACGUAACCUCGCUAUCACAUCUUGCAGUUCAAACACUUUCAUCUAACAAUCGCGAAAAUUCAAUAGAUUCUCGAUCUAUACAUUCCAGAGCAAUUGAAGUUCCUCGAUCGUUGGACAUUGCCCACAAUGACUUCAAUGAAAUAAGUAUGCCAAUUGCAUCAACUUCGUUAGAUAUGAUUGUUAAAAUAAAUGAUUUUGCACAAUAUCUUAAAAGAAAUGGUUUGGCCGCCAACGGAUUUGAUGUUACCGAAAGAAUGGCUACUUUAAGGCUAAAUGACAUAUUCAAUGGAAUCAAUGAAUUAAAUGAAGAAUAA